GCGGGACAGAGAGAGAGGCAGACACAGAAUCCGCAAAGCAGGCUCCAGGCUCUGAGCUGUGAGCACAGAGCACGACACGGGGUUUGAACCGGUGAACCCUGAGAUCAUGACCAGAGCCAAAGUCAGAUGCUCAACCGACUGAGCCACACAGAUGACCCCAAAUGUUUAUUUAUUCUUGAGAAAGAGAGAGACAGAGAGGGAGACAAAGAAUCUGAAGCAGGCUCCAGGCUCCCAGCUGUCAGCACAGAGCCUGCCCCCAGACUCUAACUCACAACCCCGGAGAUCAUGACCUUAGCGAAGUCGGUGGCUUAACCGACUGAGCCAACCAGGCACCCCCCACUCCCAGAGCCACUCACACGCCCCUCGUUUUCUUUUAUCGCCUCCGUUUCUCCUAAUACGUCAGUUUCCCGAGCGCCUCCUUAUGUUAAUAUUGGUCUUGAGGAGGAAAAGGGGGCCUGCGGAGGAGGGGGUGGCCUCACUUGCCAAGGGAAAGAUGAGCCUUGGGGACCUCUGAACCGAGUAACUCGUUUUGGGGUCCGCACCUGGGGUCUGGAGCUAAGUAAUCCUCGAUCACCCCCAGGGUUAUUUUAGAAGCCUGUGACUGGCAGACAGUGAGGUUGGCCCAAGGACUCCACUUCCCAGGAGGUGUCGGGGCACCGUGCCGAGACUGCGUGUGACGACGGGGUGGGACUCGGUAGCUGCCCGGAUGUGGCGCUGAGCCCGCCGAGCCUGCCCACCCCGGGCGAGAAUUGCCCUGGAGGCUCUGCCCGCAUCGGUGAGCGACGCGGGGAGGACGAUCGCUUUGCCAGAAAAAUUCACUUACGUACAUUCACAUCAUAUUGUAUACUUCAGAGGUGGCUUCUAGGACCUACUGAAGCUUAUUGUCUAGCAGUCCAUGGACUCCGCGGACUCCAAGGGAAGAAUGCAGACAAUCAAAUGUGUGGUCGUAGGAGAUGGGGCUGUAGGUAAGACCUGCCUCCUCAUCAGUUACACAACAAAUGCUUUUCCUGAGGAGUAUAUCCCCACCGUCUUUGACAACUACAGUGCCCAGACAUCUGUGGACGGCCAAAUUGUCAGCCUGAACCUGUGGGACACAGCUGGCCAAGAGGAGUAUGACCGACUGCGAACGCUGUCCUACCCCCAGACCAAUAUCUUUGUCAUUUGUUUUUCUAUUGGUAACCCAUCGUCGUAUGCCAAUGUGAGGCAUAAGUGGCACCCAGAGGUGUCUCAUCAUUGCCCCAAUGUACCUGUCCUGCUGGUAGGCACCAAGAGGGACCUGCGGAAUGACAUUGAGACAGUGAAGAAGCUGAAGGAACAGAGCCUAGUGCCCACAACUCCUCAGCAAGGCACUUCCCUGGCUAAGCAGGUGGGGGCUGUGAAGUAUCUGGAAUGUUCAGCCCUGAUGCAGGAUGGGGUCCAUGAGGUAUUUUCAGAAGCUGUCCGCGCUGUGCUUUACCCUGCCACAAAGAAGAACACCAAGAAGUGUGUCCUCUUAUAGCUUUCAGGGUGCUACUUGGGGCUGCACCUAAGGAGAAUGAGGGGGAUUCCUUUGAUAGCAUUUAACAAUGCCAGCACAAAGCGAUUUGUCUCUUUUCCUAGAACCCGUAAGCUCCAGGUUGUUGGGCUUUUGGAGGAACAAAGACAGCCUAGUUUGUACAUGGCUGCUUUGAAGUUUGGUCUGAAUCUUCUGGAAGAAGUUUGGGGAGAGAGAGAGAGACUGACUUUUACCUCUAAAUUUAGCUUUCCUACUUGUAUUUACCAUUGAGCAAGUGCCUCACAGAAGGACAAGUUUCUACAGUUUUCAGAUCAUUGCCUUAAACUUUCUAAUAUGCUAAUUUUGGAAAAGCAUUUUAUAUGUGAUUCCUGGGUGUUCCCAGUAUUGGCAUGUUCUUCCCAUUCUUGAGAUCAGAUAUUUUUGCAAAAAAAUGGUUAAGCAGCAUUUUUCAAAGUUCUGUGAGAUACUAAUAGAUGUUCCUUAAAAGGGUUCUGUGGUCAAGUAAGUCAGGAACCAGUGAUUUUUUUUUCAGUUUUUGUUUAAAUGCCAGUUACCACACAGUAUAAUAUUAGUUUCAGGUGUACAAUAUGGUGAUUGAACACAUCUGCACAACACCUGGUGCCCAUCACAACAAGUUCACCCCUUAACCCCCAUCACCUAUUUAACCCAGCUCCCACCCACCUCCCUUCUGGUAACCUGUGAUUUAAAUAAAGCUGAAUAGGUUCCUCUACUGCAGGAAUUUGUAACUUUCAAUAAGUAGGCAACAUUUCCCAAAAUUAUUUCACUGAACUUUUUUUGUUUUGGUCCCAUGCAACACCUGUUAACAUCUCUGGAAACACAUUUUCAGAGAUACUCAGUUAAUAGGUACUAGAAAUUCCCACAGAGGCUGCAGGGGGAAAAAAGCAUAAUGUGAUGCUGUUCUUUUUGAGGUUUCCCUCUUUUUUAAUGUUUAUUUAUUUUUGAGAGGGGUGGGGUAGGGGCAGAGAGAGAGGGAGACACAGAAUCUGAUGAGGCUCCAGGCUCUGAGCUGUCAGCACAGAGCCUGACAUGGGGCUUGAACCCACUAACGUGACAUCGUGACCUGAAGUCUGAUGCUUAACUGACUGAGCCAUUCAGAUGCCCCUCCCUCUUUUUAAAAAAAGUUUUAUUUUGAGAGGGAGAGAGAGAGAGCGAGAGAGAGCUAGAGCACACACAAGUGGGGGAGGGGCAGGAGGAGGGAAGACAGAGAGAAAGAGAGAGAGAGAGAUGCAAAUCUGGAACUCAAGAACCUUGAGAUCAUGACCUGAGCCAAAAUCAAGGGUUGGCUGCUUAACCUUAACUGACUGAGCCACCCAUGUGACCCACUGAUGUUUCUUUCCCUCUUUAUGCCUUUGAGAGGAGUAUUCAUCCACUAUGAACUUGUUGUUGGUUCCUCUUCCACCCUCAGGAAAUGGGUUUGGCACUUAGUCAUGAUAGUGCCUUGGGAGUGGGGUCUUGAUGGUCAGAUCUGCUAUCAGAUUAUGAUAGCACUAUGGGCUUGGUGAUGUGGAGUUGAUCCCUCCAUAAAACUGUGUCCCUGAGGUGUCUCUUAGUCCCUGUUUUUCUGUCAGCUUUCACUUUAGGGAAAGAUCACUAAAGGUUAACCCCAUAAAUAAAAACUAACCAACCAACAAACAAAAUGUUCUGGUAGUCAUUGUCAGGGAGUUCUUUGAUUCCCUCAGACUCCUCAGCGUCCUCUGAGUUACCAUAAAGGCUACCUUGCUCUCUUCCUGUUCGUCCCUCCUCUGUACAUCUGCAUCUGUGUGUGUGUGUGUGUGUGUGUGUUCUUGGUUGCCUUUGAGGUCUUGUAGUUGCUCCAAGAGACUUGGAGAGUAUGUUGUAUCUCCAGACCCUGGGGCUGUCACAUUUGUGGGGAUUUUGCUGGAGUUGCUCAGCCUGCUCUGGAGAGUAGGAGUCAGAUUCCUUACCCUGGUAGGCCUGCUUCUCCUUAUCCUCCCUACUUGUAGUUUUGACCUUCUUCAUCUGAUAUAGAAGGAAAACAUAACUUCUCCACCUGGCAGAUAGUGGUUGAGAACUCCGCUGUGCACAUACUCUCUCACCCUGCCAAAAUAAGCAUUGGAUCUUUGAGAGUCUGGGAAAUGGGGUUAAAAGAAUCACAUCCCGCCUUCUGUGGUGGGUGAAGUGCCUGUGUUUUGCUCUGUGAUGGUCUUACUGUUGCUCUUUGACAAUAUAUGAUCAGAUUAGCCCUCAGGUAACUGAACCUCCUGAAUAGGGUUGCCAGAUAAAAGGGAAUACUUUUUUUUUUUACAAAUAAUUUUUUUAAGUUUAUUUAUUUAUUUUGAGAUAGAGAUUGUGAGUGAGGUAGGAGCAGAGAGAGGGAGAGAGAGAGAAUCCCAAGCAAGCUCCAUGCUGUCAGCGCAGAGCCCGACAGGGGGCUCAAACUCACGAACCAUGAGAUCAUGACCUGAGUCGAGAACAAGAGCCAGACACCCAACCGGCUGAGCCACCCUGGCACCCCUACUUUUUUAUAAGUAAUUUUUUACCGUAAGUAUGCACCAUGCAAUAUUUGGGACCUACUUAGAGUAAAGCAUGAUUUGCUGUUUAUCUGAAAUUCAGAUUUAAUGGGUCAUUCUGUAUUUUUAUUUGCUAAUUCUGGCACCCCUAUUUUUGGAGAAUCUGAACCCUGGAGGUCAGGCAGAUACCAAGUAUUGUUAGAAGGUAAAAAGUCAUGUAAGCUCACUAGUCUAACUCCUUUUCUUCUGGUUUUCCUUUCCCUCACCAUGGGCAAAAGUGUUUUGUUUUGAUUUUCCUUUAUCACUGCACCCUCCAUUCCAUACAGUAAUUCAAUGGUGUAUAUUUUUACACCACUGAUUGUCUAAAGCUGUGGGGGAUCCAAGAUGGAUAUUGUCUGGUAGAUGUCUCCUAUCUCAAUUUCAAUGUACUGUAUCUAUUUCCGGUGUGUGACCCAGGGCCCCAGGGUUGUAGGGGCUCUGUGUGAACAGGGUAUUACCUGGAAGAAGGUGAGGAUGGGCCAGUAACACAUUGAAAAGUGGGGGUCUGUUAGAGUAGUGUGACUGUAGGAGUCAACUGGAUGCUGAGUUUUCCCACAGGCAGCCAAAUGAAAGCACCAAUUGCUCGAGUGUAUUCUAGUCUCAGGAUGUUCUGAUUGAUGCUGCCUGAGGUGCUCACAGGACUUCGUGGUUGAAAGGGGCUAGAAACGUGGCUGACGCUUGUGUCUCUGGGAACUUUCUGUGUAGCUACUGAAAUCUCUUAAAUUGGCUUUUAAUUUAAUUGUGGCUCCUGCUCCCACUUUGCCUGGCAAAUUCCCAAAUGUAAGCCUGGGUUGGGUUUGGUCAAAGUUGUGUCCUCUAAUGAACGGAGAUUUGAUCCACAAGUCUGAGAGUGCGCCCCUGAAUUGGGCUGUUCUGAUGGUCCUAAACAUACACUGGCAUCUUGAUUUUUUUUACUUAAAAGGAUUUUGUAUCAAGACUAACAUGCUAAUAUCACUUUUUAAAUUGUUCAUAAUGGAUGGUAAUAAACUUUUCUGAUUUUA